GUACGCGCGUGCGUGUGUCUAUAUAUAUAUAUAUAAUUAAAUAGAGGUACCAUGUAGCUAAUGUUGUUCACAUUAAAAGAGAUCAUCGAAGUAGGAAUAAAAGAUUCAACUCGCACAUACAUGAUCAAUCCACUUCUUUAUCUUUGUCUCCGUAGGCGCGGAUCGGAGAUUCCCUAUGUAGAUAACUCAUCACAAUUGCAGUAUCCGAAAUCUCUGAUUAAUUAACAAAAAUCCCUCUGGAAACAAUUCAAUAAUAUACCUUGUUAAAUUUAUUAAGAAGAUUCUUCUUGCCAAAAAGAUAAACCAGCGAAAACAUAAAAAGCUCCAAAGCACCUGGCCAUGUUUACAUUCUUAUUCCUAUUUUCAUAUACACAUUUAUUUACUUUACGGAUCCAAAAUAAGGCAAGCAAAAUCUAGACACCUUCAUCAAAAUCAAAAGGUCUACCUAUAUAUAUAUAUAUCUUCACCUGUAAAGUAGAAGGUACCAGCAAAUCCUUUUUUUUUUUUUGCUUAAUUAAUUGUUGUUAGUAUAGCAGAAAUGGCGCAGAAUAAUGGUGCCUGGUGUAUUAGCCUCCUCCUGAUCAUGUUCCUCUGUCAAGCAGCCUUCCAUGCCGAGACGGCGGCGGCGGCCACUUACAAGAUCGAGUGGUCAUUCGGCGUCACCGAUUGGCCCAAGGGCAAGCACUUCAAGGCCGGCGACGUGAUAGUUUUCCAUUAUCCGGAAGGUGAACACGAGGUAGCGGUGGUGGAUGCUAACGGGUACAAGACCUGCACGGUGCCGGCGGGGGCAAAAGUGUACACCUCCGGCAACGACAGGGUCACCCUCCGGCGGGGGAAUAACUACUUCAUCUGCGAUAUCCCUCAGCACUGUGAUCAAACUGGAAUGAAGAUCGCUGUUACUGCGGCUUGAGUUUUAUUGUGGUUUCAUUUUGUAAAACCCUAGCUUGUAAAAUCUCUAGACCGUCAGUGUAGUUACUCAUCCAAACUCCAAGCGAUUUGAUUGAGGAAAAUUAAAUCUGAUAGAUAAUGAAUUUUUGGACGGGAUUUUCCUGAAUUCGCAAAUUAAAAUAAAGAAAAUGUUGGAUGAUUUCGAGUGUGGUGUUUUUAGAUAUUCAUCCCAAAACCAUCCAAAUAUACAUAUCGGUUAUUAUCUCAUCCCCACCGGUACUCCUACUAAUAAUUUCCCAACACCAAUUUAAGCUUGAGCAAUCGAUGUUGAUGACGUUUCACUAUGGGGGGAAUGAUAACUUGCAACCCUGUUUACAAAAAGCACUUUAAACUAAGAUUUUCGAUGUAUCUUGUUCAAUCUAUAUAACUAAAUAUUAAGUUACCAAUAAAGAAAUUCAGCAAUCCAAAGCCUCAAGAAAAUAUUAAGUUAUGUAACUCUCAAAUCUCUCAAGAGAAACCGACUCUCAUAUAGUUAUUGAUAUUGGUAUGAUUAGGAUGUUUGUGUUUGGCAUAAGAAUACAGGAGAAUGGAGUUCAUCACUAGUUUAAAUAACGCGGCGCAGUAAUAAAAAGAAGAUAUAUGAGUAAUUUGAUAUUAUGGUUUGUGGUAAAUUCCAACUAAAUCUCAUUUGGAUUUGGUGUUGAUUUCCAGUAGACCACUAUUGGGUUUAUUUUUCUCAUGUGAAUAUUGGGAUACAUUAUCACGAAACUUUCGAGUAGUAUCAUCUUUGUAAUAGUAAGGAAAUCCCAAAUUGCGCUAUAAACAAUGGGUUGUUUGGAUGAGGAAUUGUAACAGAUCAAUUUGACACAAUUGUCUCGUUUUGAGACAAUUAUAUCAAAUUGCCUCGUUUGCUAACAAAAAAUUUGGAUGGAUCAAUCUGUCUGAGGUAUUUUGAAUUGAUCCGUUUUGAGUCAAUUUCAAUUACCUGGACUGGGGGCAGGUAAUUCGAAUUGACUCGUUUUAAUUGUCUCGUUUAUAAAACGAGACAAUUGAUCAAAUUAACUCAUUUUUAUAUUGAUCCAUCCAAACAAAUCCUAAUUUAAAAGCGACGUUCGGUGGUGGGGAAAUGUUCGGGAGUCAUAUGAGAAAUUCUUUAUUAAGUAGUUUUGGAAGGAGUGAGAGUGAGAAAUGUAAAAGCCAGCUGUGAAGAGGGAUAAAGUUCACACAUGGUAUUGUCAACAUCUUUUCCCAAAUUUGUUGUAAUGAUAAUUAAAUGCAUUUACUUGUGUCGUUGUGUGUCUAUCCUUCUUAUUCGAUUUCUUGUUGAUUUUCUUGAGGAUCAAGCAUCUAUUUCUAAUCUCCAACUCCAAAUAUAUAGAUUUGUUCGUGAUUGAUGUGGACAAUAGUUUAAAAGACCUUGCUCCUUUCAACUGUUGGUUGAUUUUUUUGUCUUAUUUCCUUUUUUUUUUACUUUUUAAUAAAAUUUUCUCAAUUAU